AAGCGCUGUUUUAUUUGGGGGAACUGACAGUUAUUUGUUACUGUUUGAAAUGUAAACAACCUCGCGUGAUAACCCGCCAACGCGGAGCGCGGACGCCGUGCUUAUUGCGCAGAUUGUUUUGCGCAUGUUUUAGUCGCGCAGAGUAAGCGAAGCAAAGAUGUCGGACGAGGACCUCAGAGAUGCAAAUUCAGGCAAGAAGAAGGGAUUGUUCGCGAGCCUCAAGCGUUCGAAAUCGAAAUCAGGACGUGGUAGGAAAGCCGCCAAAUCGAGAUCCAUGCCACAACUUCCUCAAUGUCAAAUGAAUGGCAAUGCUACUAAACCUACUGACAAAUUUAAUAUUUCUCAACCAGCUAAAGGUGCCGAAGAAGAAGGGGCUGCACCCCUGCCUUCACCUACUGAGGCUGGAGGUUUAACGGAAUGUCCCGCACAGGAUGUUUCUCCCGGCGCACUGGCUGGUGAUGUAGCCAGAGCGGGGAAAUGCUCAUUCUUUGCUCUUGAGGUAGAGUUGAAGGAUGGGAAAGAUUUGGCAGCCCGGGACAAAACAGAUUCUUUUAGCGUGGAAUUCCUUCAUGAAAAGCCAGUUACUAAACCUAUCACCAGGGCACCAGGCACCAGUGAUCCAUAUGUAAAAUUUAAAUCUGAUGGAAAGCAGAUAUACAAAAGUAAAACUGUGCAAAAGAAUUUGAACCCGCAGUGGAAUGAGAAGUUCUGUGUACCUAUUGAAGACAUUACUGUUCCACUCAUCUUGAAAGUUCUUGACUUUGAUCGAGUUGGAAAUGACGAUCCAAUGGGACGAGCUGUUGUUGACCUAGCGGCAAUUGAAAUUGACAAACCCACGGAAAUGAUUCUUGAUCUUGAAAACCCAGAUGGCGGACAGGAAAAGUUGGGUCAAAUCUGUGCAGUCUUCACUGUCCAGCCCAAGAACUAUGAGGACAGGCAAGAGGUUUCCAGAAAAGCCGCAGCAGGAAAAAAAGGUCAAGCUCCUAAAGAACCUGGGAAAGGACAGCUAUGGGAUGGUAUUGUUUCCAUCAUACUUGUAGAAGGAAAAAAGAUGAUUCCCAUGGAUGAUUCAGGACUUAGUGACCCAUACUGUCGUUUCCGAUUGGGGAAUGAGAAGUACAAAACCAAAGCCUGUAAGGAGACAUUGAGUCCACAGUGGAAAGAGCAGUUUGACUUGAAAAUAUUUCCUGACUCACCCAUGAUGCUGGAGGUAACAGUCUGGGACAGAGACAUCAGGAAAGAUGAAUUCAUGGGCAGGUGUCAAAUUGACUUGUCCACACUUGAGCGGGAAAAGUCACAUAAGAUCGAGGCAGCACUUGAAGACAAUGCUGGCAUCAUUGUCAUGCACCUGUCAAUCACAGGACUUGAUGCACCCGGCUGUGAAUCAGAUUUAAAUGCAUACACAGAGAAACCAGGAAGAAGAACAGAGAUCACUAAACAGUAUGCGUUGAAGGCCACACCAAAGAAGAUUAAAGAAAUUGGAUGGCUACAGGUGAAACUUCACCGUGCUGUCGGAUUGGCAUCAGCAGACAUUGGAGGAACCAGUGAUCCGUUUGCUGUGAUUGAGUUAAAUAAUCAGCGUCUAGUAACACACACAAUGUACAAGACUCUUAACCCUGCUUGGGAGAAGAUCUAUGAAAUGACUGUGUUUGAUAUACACGACGUUCUUGACAUCACUGUGUUUGACGAGGAUAAGAGAGGAGCACCAGAGUUUCUUGGUCGAGUGGUGAUUCCAUUGUUACAGGUCACCUCGGGUGAGAAGCGUCUGUACCAGUUAAAGAACAAGAGUCUGGAAAGCAGAGCCAAAGGGCACCUUAUUCUGACCCUUGAUGUGGAAUUCAACCCCAUACGGGCCGCUGUUAGGACCGUCAACCCAAGGGAUCCCAAGAUCAUGUUUGAAGCGCCCAAGUUUAAGAGAGCGUUGUUGCAGCGUAACAUUGACCGCGUCAACAAGCUCGUUGCGAGCCUGGUAUCGACUGGAGCGUUCGUCCAAUCACUGUUUACCUGGCAGUACAAGUUUAGAAGCGCUUUCGCUUUUGCAAUCUACAUCAUGCUGUGUCUGAACUUUGACUUCUACAUCAUACCGCUGACCCUUCUGCUCACGUUUCUCAAGCAAUACGUCAUGUGUAUGUUACUUGCCGAGAGAAACGUGAAUCCAGAAGAACAGGAAGGUGCGCCAGUGGACGAAGAUGAAGACGAUGAUGAUGAAGAGGAAGAGAAAGGAAAGAAAGGGGACAAGGGAAAGAGUUUUAAGGAGAAGAUAGCUGCAUUAACAUCCAUCUGUCAGACAGUACAAAAUGCCUUGGAUAUGGUGGCCUCAAAUGGAGAACGAGUUAAGAACACAUUUAACUGGACCGUACCGUUUUGUUCGUAUUUGAUGUGUGUCAUCUUCACGUUAGGAACAGUUGUACUUUACCUUGUACCUCUCAAGUUCUUACUUCUUGCCUGGGGAAUAAACAAGUUUACAAAGAAGAUCCGUAAACCAAAUGCUGUUGACAACAACGAACUUGCGGACUUCCUAUCGCGUAUUCCUUCAGAUGUGGAAAUUAAAGAGCAAAAGGUUCUCAAGACGGACCCGUCCCUCAGGUUGAAAAGAAUCGAUGGUUAGUGGAAUGACCUGAAACGCGGAAAUCCUGCGAAACAAUUAAGCAACAACGUAUCGGACAGAGGAAUGGACCAGUUGUCCGGUCAAGACGAAUUUGGUUCUUAGUUGUUACUUGCGUUGCAAUAAGUCCGAACGGAAACGACAAUCAAAAUACAAAUCUUGUGGGAAAUCUUUGUUUCCAUUAACAUGAGAAUAGGCGCUGAGAACACUAGCAGUAUAGAAUAUUGCGAAUUUAAUCCUAUUUAUUAAAUUGUACAGUAUUUAUUAUCCGUAUUAAGGUUAGAAUAUUUGGCGAGCGACGAUACAUGUAAGUUAAAUGGCAGCUUUGCAGCCUCCGCGUUGUAAGUUUUAGGGUAGUAAUUAGAAUGCGCCGCCUUUGAAGUAUUUAUAUUGGGUGUAGUUGUGUAGAUAUUGACCGUACAUGAAAAAAUAUGGUUAAAUUUUAAGUUUUAACUUCAUCGCACUGCACACUGAAAAAACUGCAAAACUAAAUUUCCUUUUUGUUCUUCCUUGGUUUGAAGAUUAGGCUUGAAUAGGUUUAUCAAUUUUUAUGAAGUUUACAGAGGGUACGAGAAUAGAUCUAUGAAGAGAUUUUAUUGAUUUCGUUUCCAGACACUAUAGUGACACACUGUAGUGGCAGUUUUGAGCCUUUUACAGGCAAUUUUUCUCUUUUUAAGGAUAUAUUAUUAGCUAUAAUAAAGAAUGAUUUUCUUUCAUUAAACUUUUUAUCUUGCAAG